UCUCCUGCUUGCGUUUCCCCAGACAUCCCCGGCGGUGACAUCGCCUCGGGGUCGGAAGGCGCCCCCGGGAUCCGCUCCCGGACCGCAACCGUGCCCGCGCCGCGGAGCCGGGGCUGCCGGCGGGGCGCGCUCCCGCUGCGGGAGGAGCCGGUCUGGGGACAGCCGGUCUGGGGACAGCCGGUCCCGGGGACAGCCGGUCUGGGGACAGCCGUUCCCGGGGACAGCCGGUCCCGGGGACAGCCGGUCUCCCGGGGACAGCCGGUCUCCCGGGGACAGCCAGACCUGGAAGGAGCAUGUCUGGGACCGCCGGUCUGGGCUGCCCGCCCUUGCCGUUGGGGCUUCACGGCAGCGGGCGGGAACGCUCGGGGGACCCCCCCCCCCCAGAACUUCGCCCGAAGUUUUCUCAAUGCCCCGUCUCCCCGCGGCAGGUCGCACCUCUCCGGCGCGGGCACCGGAGGGACGAGAUGCGGAAGCCUCCCACCGGCGCUUCUCUCUCGCCACCCGGUACACCAGCCCCCGCAGGGCCACUCUCGUCGCGGCCCGGGCGGGCCCGGGGCGGGGAGCGGAGGGGCCCCGGGGGCGCGCCCCGCCCCGCCGCCCCCGCGCUGCCGGCUGGCAGGGCGGCGGGUGCCGCGGGAGGCUGCUCGGUGCCGCCGCCGCCCGGGAGGGAGGUUAUGUAAGGGGGGAGGGAGGCGGCGGGAGGAGGAGCAGGACGCCUCACCGCCGCCGCCGUGCAGCCGGGCAGCCGCAGCCAGCCGGGGCCGGUACCGGAGCGGCCGCAUGUGCGAAGUGGGGACGCGGCCGCCGCUGGCCGCCGAGCGCGGGGAGCCGCCCGGGGGUGCCGCCGCCGCCGCCGAAAGGUGCCGAGACAUGGGAGAACAGCCCAUCUUCACCACCAGAGCCCAUGUCUUCCAAAUUGACCCCAGCACGAAGAAGAACUGGGUUCCCGCAAGCAAGCAGGCUGUAACUGUUUCCUACUUCUAUGACAGCACGAGAAACAGCUAUCGGAUUAUCAGUGUGGAUGGAGCCAAGGUGAUCAUAAACAGCACAAUCACGCCAAACAUGACCUUCACUAAAACAUCACAGAAGUUCGGCCAGUGGGCGGACAGCAGAGCGAACACUGUGUUUGGUUUGGGCUUUCCCUCCGAGCAGCAGCUCACAAAGUUUGCAGAGAAAUUCCAAGAAGUAAAAGAAGCUGCCAAACUAGCAAGAGACAGAUCUCAAGAGAAAAUUGAGACCUCAAGCAAUCAUUCCCAGGAGUCUGGACGUGAAACACCAUCUUCCACUCGAGCAUCCAGUGUGAAUGGGACAGAUGAUGAGAAGGCAUCACACGGUGGUCCCACGGAGGCACAUCUCAAGUCUGAGAAUGAUAAAUUAAAAAUUGCUCUAGCUCAAAGUUCAUCCAAUGUGAAGAAGUGGGAGACAGAGCUGCAGACGCUGCGGGAGAGCAACGCCAGGCUGACCACGGCGCUGCAGGAGUCCGCAGCCAGCAUCGAGCACUGGAAGAAGCAGUUCUCAGCCUGCAAGGAGGAGAACGACCAGCUCAGGAGCAAGAUUGAAGAACUGGAGGAACAGUGCGAUGAAAUAAACAAAGAGAAGGAAAGAAAUGCACAGCUGAGUAGACGUCUCCAGGAACUGGAAACAGAGCUUCAGGACAAGGAGCUGGAACUGGAAGAGUUGCGAAAGCAGGGUGAAGUUAUACCACAGCUCAUGUCAGAGUGUGAAUCUGUAUCUCAACAAUUACAGGCUGCCGAGAAAAAGAACAAAGAUCUCGAAGAGAAAGUGAGGACGCUAAGGACAGAAGUCGAAGAGAGCAAACAUAGGCAGACCAACCUUAAAACUGAAUUAAAGCAUUUUUUAGAUGUACUAGACGGGAAGAUAGAUGAAUUACAUGAUUUCCGACAAGGACUGUCUAAACUUGGGGUUGACAACUAGAUGGCAAUAGAUUUUUUUUUUUUUGUAAUCUAGGGUCUGGAUGUUUGAUGUUUUGUUGAUCCCAAGCGUGUGUUUUACAAAAUAUAACUAGAAUGUUCCACUUGUUUGCAUUGUUUUUGUACAUAGAGGCUGAAAAUUUGCUGUGGGGUUUUUUCAUUUUAUUGGGUUUUGUUUUGUUGUUUAUUUUCCAAACCAAUCGUGCUGCUCACCGAGUUCUGUUGAGAUGAGAAACUUUCUGUAUUGCUGCUCUGGCUUCAUGGGGUUGGGAACAGGUAGAGAGUUCUGUCUCAGGAAUCUGGAACUAGAUCUACCUUAAAAUGAAUAUGCAGUCAGUUGUUGCAGGGAAAUUUAUAUCUUUCUUAAGGGCUGUUGCAACCAUAGAAACAGAAAACAAGUCUUUUUCUUGUCCGGACUAUCGGCACUCCUAGCAACAUCCACUUUUAUUCCUUGGUGGAGCAGAGAGGAGAGUAGCUGGAGCUCCUGCAGUUUGGCUGCAGCCAAGCGAAUCACUUCACACAGAUACCAGUAUCUUUAGGGACCAUGUCAAUCAGGUCUGAUUCACCAAAAAAAAGAAGAACCCAGUGGAUAACCUCAGAUACAGGUUGCAUGUGCUUGCCUGGACCCGUACAGCACAAAGUCAAUGACGUAGGAAUGAAUUUCGGCUCUUCAGGUCGUGCAUCUUACCCGGUAGGUGCGGGCAGCUUCUCUUGCUUAGCAAGAUCAUCUCUCUCUGGCCUUCAGCUUUGAACCCAUGUAGUUGCAUCAUUAUGUGCACCUCUAAAAAACACCCAUCGGAGUCCUGGGGCCAGAUAUCUUUAUUUCAAAAAGCUGGUUUGUAUACAGGGCACUUGCAGCUCUGUGCAGCUUCAUUGCUGUUGAUUAACUUCUGCAGAAGUGAAGAAGGAGAUGAUAUUGAUCUGAAGAGCAAUAUAAGGUCACUAGGAGUGGUGUUGCUAAGAAGAAAGCUUCUGCUGGGGAGACUGGGGCAGGGUCAUGACCACAUGAAAUCAAAAUCCUUUCGUAUGAAUUCUGCAUUCGCAACUUGUGUAUCUUUGACAGUAGGGUGGGAAUUAGUCUCCACGUUAGCCCGUCCAAAAAAAAAAACCCCAACUCAAAAGGCAGACGUGCUCUUGUAUUCUGAAACUGAUUAUUCAGCAGCUCUAACUGUGUUUUGAGGAAUGCAGGAUCACACGCUGGGCUCCAGCGAGGGGGGAGCUCAGUUCAGCACAGGCAGGGGUGUAAAACGGGCCAGAGAGGAGAAUCGAGCCCAGGUUUUGCUCUUGCCCUUAGGGCUGCCCGCAGCUUCUUCUCCAUAACCUGGUUUGAGAGCCUGUUUACGCGGGAUCUGAAAUAAUUCAGGAAAGCACUUUUGUUUAGGUGACAUUGUUAUUUGCUUAAAUCAGGCACAAGCUUGGUUAAGCAUCACACUGGUACAUUCCAGCAGUGACUGAUAUGAAAUGGCAGUGGGGUUUUUUUCACUUUUUUUUCUUUUUAUUUUAAUUUAAGGGCUUUUUUUCUUUUCUUGGCACAUCUGAAUUAUAAAAGUGAACUUUAAAGGAAAGGUGGGUUAUAGAUGAACACGCUUUGGAUAUUUUUUCGCACAUGGAUCUAUAUAAUCCCCAUGCUGGAGAUAGGUUUUCUCUGCAAUUGUCCCUUGAGUUUUCAUUCCAUUUGUCACUGUUGAGUUGUCACCAAUGCCUGUUGCUUACACUGGACUUUGUGUAUUUUUGCUCUUACUCCUUUCAAAGAAUGGCUGUGAAUCUGGGACCUUUCAUAACCAUUAUGACCAUUUAAGUAUCUUUAAAAUAAAUCGCUGUGGGCUGUUGAUAUUUAAAAAUAAAAAUCAGGUACAUAGCACGUAGGCAUGUGAAAAUUAGACUUUGCCAGCGUGCAAGAUUCAACAGUUUUAUAAUGCGGGGUUAGAUCAGACUUCUCAAAACUGAAAAUGACGUCAGAAACGGUGUGUGGUUGUGCAAGUAAUCCCCAUUUUUAGUCUUUUUAUGUGAUAGUGAGGCAGAUAGACACCAUUAUUGAACAGGCAGCUCAUCCUGCUUCUCCUCUCCUCCCAAACUGCAGCCGGUCCCUGCGUGAGCCUUCUGGGCUUUCCAGUGAAACGCUCCUUUGAGCUGCUGUUAGAGCUGCGGAAUAGCGGUGGUUUGUUGGGGUCUUCUUUUUGGUGGCCAAAAUGAGAAAUAAACAGCUCUGCUUUGUAUUAGCACAACACCUAAAAAUACUCGGUGACAUGAAAAAUACAUGGAGAUAAUUACUUUCAAAGGGAAAGAAUGCUCCAUUAGAUGAGUUUUUUUCCACAUUUUGGGAAAUUACCUUAGUAUCAUCUUUGGAAUAAAUUAUUUCCAAAUGGAAAACUGAUACAUUGUUUCCCACCCCCAAGUAAAACAGGUUAGUGUUUUGCUUUUUUCCUAUUUGGCUGAACCUGUAUUUGCUGCUUUUGACUCAAAUUCACAAAUAGUUUUGUUUGGCCUAAAAGUGCGUUUUCAGCAAAAUUAGCACUUGCCAGUGUUUUUCUGUCUAUAUGUCUCACUGAUGUCUCCUUUCCUAAGGGAGCUCGCUGGAAGAAAACUGUCUUACUGUAAGAGAUUCAGUGCCACCUCUCGCUAUGUCCUAUUGUUCAAAGGAUGCUCUUUUAAAAACACUUUCACACUGGCUGCCUCUGUGCCCAGGAAACAAAUGCUGUUUAGACAAUGCCUUGUUUCUAGACUAACGCCUGGUUUUAUUUUUACGCGGGCGAUUAAGGAUGAAUGUUUUUGAAAGCUGCUCAGUGAAUUAAGGAGAGUGGGAAGGGUUUCUGCUGUUCCUCCCGCUGUCCCGGCCGCUGCCAUCGCUUGCAAAGAGCGUAAAUGACUGAAGGAAAAGUCCCCAUUAGUGUCCACCUUGUAGUGGUGGGAGUUUCUUUGCCGUGCUCUUCAUCAGGCCAAGACAAAGUUAUCAUCUGAAUAGUUAUCUCUGUGAAACCCUUCAAAGCAUCAGUGGCUUGUAAGGAAUAUAGCACUGUCUUGCUGAGCCUGGGGAUUAGCAAAGAUAAAACCGCUGUCAUGGUGAGAUGUCCCGCUCGGCUUAAUGUGCGACUGAUGCCGAAUCCCAAGGGAAGGGGUGGCCGGGGAAAUCCGCCCGCAGCAGCUCAUUGUGACAAUCAUUUCAGCAGAAGCGCCGGUGAAAUGUGCUCUGCCCACAAGCUGUACGUGUGCCGGGAGCCUCGAGUGGCCGUGCUGACCUCGCAGCUCACCCACCUUCGUCCGGGCGGUUCUGGGCCUGCCAAGCCUGUAAAUAUCAAAAAGUCCUCAGCAUAUCGCAAAUGCGCGGGAUGGCAGGUGAAAGGCCACACGCACAGCUGGGCAGUGCUGGUUUAUGGUCUGACGCUUUAGGUCAAAAAUGGGAGAAGCUUUUGCCGUCCUACACAGGCUCAGAAGUACCAGAGCCCUUGCAGAGCGGCAGGUUCAGCUUUCGGGGCAGUGAGGAUGCCCAGGUUGAGGGGUCUGGUUCUAGGCACGAUUUAGCAACAAUAAGACACAGACCUACCCUAAAGUAAUUUUUAUUUCCAUAGAUCGUGUUCCACAAGCACCUGUGUGUCAAGCAAAGCAAUACGGAGCCACAAGACGUUUAAUCCAGACACAUCCUGCGCCCCCCGAAGCCUGACGCUGCUUUAGGCUCCUCUUUAGAAUAUAAACCUGACAAUUACGUAAAGUUUGCGUGUCUUAAAUACUGUUCUCUGCGGUAAAUGAUAAGGUACGUGAAGUGAAAUAGAGAGUGAGGAGGUGAAUGAUAAAUACGCCGAAGGUGCUUCCCGCAGGAGGGCUCUCCUGUUGGGCCGGGCCUGGCUGGGCUUGGCCUGUGUCCCUGGGCAUGGCGGAUGUCCAGCCUGUUUGACUUUCUACCGUGUUUUGUCUUAGCUCUUUUUUUAAAUUGUUUUAACAGAUAUAGCCUAAACACGCAGUCUUCAGAUGAAGGUGCCUAUACCUCCAAAAACUUGAUAUGCACGUUUUGAAAUAGAUUCCUUUUUAAUUUCUGGUCAUUUCGUUACGUAAUAAUAUGGCACUUAAGAGAAAGGCACUUGAGAAAAGUCUGUCUGCUGUUGUAAGUUGGUUUUGGUUUCUUUUUUCUUUAAACACUGGUCAGCAAUAAUUAUUUUAGCCAUAUGCUAGCUAUAAAAGACAGAUAAUAUGUAAGAUUUGUGAACUAAGCUUCUAAGUCUGCAGUGCAUUGAUUAACUUGGGUAUGUGGAAUGGGAGCGAUGCUCAAUGAAUGAGUAUUUUGCAGCAUUUAGAUGUUUUCAUUUAACUGCCUAAUAGUGAUCAUGAACGUACUGUUCUAUAAAACUCAUCAUGAAUGACAAACAAAGCACAUCAUUUUUAACAUGAAUAUAUCCCUUGUAGUUGAAAGUUCUGAGAGUGUUUUAGUGUGGUCUGCUAUACCAAAAUAUUUAGAUUAUGAGAUUUUAGUACUGAAGAUAAACAUACACCCUGUUUUUACUGUUUCAAGUAAAGUUUAGUGAAUGACGGACAAUUUGUUGAUAUACAACUGUGGGAAAACACUGCAGUGCUCUAAAUGUAUAUUUUUAUUUGGGUUUAUUAUAUUUAGUAUAUGGUUUAAUGAAAACUGAAGUGUUUACUACAGUUGGAUCAUUGUAAAAAACAUCUCUUACCUCAUCAUUUUGUCUGCUGUGAAAAAGUACUUUCCUCUUCUUUUAUUAGUUUGUUUUUCUUUUCAAAUUGACCAUAGACAGUCAAUGUUAACAUUUAGACUCCUAGUAGCAGUAAAUGCUGGGUUUUAUAUAUAUAUGAAAGGAAAACUUGAUUUUUUUCUUUAUGAAAUUAUAUAACUUUGUGAUUUUUAUCUGAUUUUAUUGUAACAUAAAGUUGUUUUAUGUAAAAAUAUAUAGUUUAAGUAAAA